GGCUGGCUGAGAGGGUGGACUCCUGAGAAUUUCUAGAGAGGCUGUGGCAGCUCUUCAAGGGAAAGCAGCAGACGGUGGGAUGCAGAGAGAGAGCCAUGGAACUGAGUGCCAAAGCGGUUCCUUGGGGAAGGAUGUACACUGGGCAGUGCAAGGCCUUCCAAAGAAGUGACUUUGAAAGCUAAUUGAAAGUCACAGCCUGUCUUUCUGCCAUUCAGGAGCUACUCAGAAAGAGAAACGGGGCUCUUCGGCCAUGGCGUCCACGGAAAGCACGGAAACGUCUCUUUUCUUGCUAAGCGGCGUGCGAGAGCGGAUGAGGGAGAAGAAAAAUGGCGCUCUAAAGACGGCAAAGCUGAAUGCUUCCAUCGUGUCGAAGAUCAAAACUAAAAUCAUAAACAACUCUUCUACCAUAAAGGUCUCCUUAAAACGCAAUAAUAAAGCUCUGGCUCUGGCCCUCAGUGCCGAGAAGGCGAAUACCCAAAGACUGGUCUAUGAGAAGAUGUCACUACAGAAGGAAGUGGAGAGAUGUCACUUUCAGAAUGCUGUGUUGCGGCAAAAAUUAUGUUUUCUGAAUAAGACUCUUAAAGAACUAGAGGACUUUAUGAAUGGUAACCUGAUGACUGCAAUUAAGAUGAGCAGACUCUCUGAGUACCAUCUGAGGUCUCAGUCAUCAUCUAGUCAGAAAGACAGUGGUGCUGAAGACAGCUGGCCUGAUGACCUCACAGAUGGGCAGCUUGGAGUAUCUCCACUUGUCAGACCUUUAGCAAUACCAAUGCGAGUCCCAGUCUCUGAGGUAGAGGAUGGAAAAAGGCAAAGUGGCAGCUGCGCAGCAGAAGUGCAGACCUUCCCAGUAGGGAUCCAAAAGUCCAUUCUAGAUGACCCUGGUAAAACCACAGCUGUUGUCUUAAAGGAACCUUCCCCUCCACAACAUGUUCAAGAGGCAUUACAGAGGUGUGAGAAAAAUGCACAGGAAUUGAAUGAAGUAGGCAAAACGGAACAACUCUGUGUUGAUUCUCAGAUUGGUUUUGGAGAAUCCUCAUCCUGUAUCCAGCAAAGUUCCCAGGAUUUCCCAGCAUGUAACCUGGAUAAUAAUCUUCCAUUACCCCAGUUGGAUGACCCUAGAAGACCAUGGAGUGACAGCGUGGCACAAUUACGUGGGCAUGUUACAGAAAGAAAGAAACGUUCCACUCUUUUUACAACGAGUACACCAUCGUCUGUUGUGGAUUUUAAGCAAGCCACUAUACCAGAUCGAAUGUCCAGCUGGAGCACUGGUGGAGGAGACAGCAGUGCUAAUGAAACAAAUGCAUCCAUAAAAUUGAGCACUCCCUGUCUUGAGAAUUCACUUCAUCAGCCUGAUAGCCCUCUGAACUUGGAAUCCUUGAAUAAAAUGCUUGUUGUUGACGAGCUACCAUCAGAGGAAAUGGUAUGCGAUGCUUACAGGAAUCAUAACUUCAGUCGAGUCCCUGGAUUUGUUACAAUAGAGGGAAAAAAUGAAAGUAACAGCAGAGCUAUUGAACCUCUACUUGUUGGGAAGAUCAGCACAAAGAAAAAGAGAGCUGUGAGUAAAAGCAAUUCUAAAAGUAGCUCCGACCCAUGCAUUAAUGAAGAGAGACCACAAAGUUCUAAGCAGCUCCUCCAGGCUAAAAGUGUGAGCAGCAGUAAAUCUGAAGCACUCAAGUCCACACAGCUGGCUUGCCUGGAUGCUUUGGAACAGGUAACCUUACAGAAAAGUAGUAACUUCAAUGUGAAGGAGAGUAUCGAUCGUUGCAGUAAAGGCAAAAUUAGUAGAAGAACAUACGUGGUGAGUGAAGAGCCAUCAAAUAAGCUGGGAAAAAAUGACUCCUUACAACAGGAAAUAAAUAAAGAAGCUAUCAUUGAGAGAAUAAGUGUGGAGAAUAAGUCCAAAAGUCCAGGUGUUCUCCCAUUAAGUGAUAAAGCUCCAUCAGAUGACUCCAGUCUUCAGAAUUCACCUUGCUUGGAACAGGUCUCCAACGAACAUGCAUUAAAAUCGGGUGUGAAUGUGAAAGAUGUAAAACAAAAAGCAAACAUGAAAAAAAGUGAAAUCAACAAAACAGAUUCCUCUAGUGAGGAAAAGCUGCAAAGUAGUAAAAAAAAGCCAGAGGUCAAAAUAAGCAAAAAUGAAGACCAAGUGAAAAAAAGUCAGAUGGGCAAGAGAAAAACUGGCAAGGAGAAUAAUUAUCAGAGAAAUGACACAGAGACUGUUGGUCCAGGUGUAGAUAUUCCACGAUUUGAAAAAAAGAAGUAUAAGGAUUUGCCAGGUAAUCCUAAACCUAACAGGAAAACAGACACUGCUGCCCUUUCCCAUCUUAGGGUGAGGUUUAGUUCAGUACAGCAAGACUUAGCGGGUGAUGAAAAUACAUCCUCUUGGAGUACUUGUGGGGACAAAACUAACAAGAUUCAGAAAACUUCUGCGAUUCAGAGCAGUGAAGAAAUUGCUGACAGUCCUGGAGAGAAUUUGCCAGAGGGAAUCCAUAGCAAUAGGAGUGCCUUGAAGAAAGAGGUUGCUUCAGCAAAGUACAUCAUUGACCUACCCGAGGCUCACUGUGUGGGCCAAGAGAGUGUUGUGGCUCAGGCUGUUCUUCACAGUUUAGCAGAAACUGAACCUAAGCAGGACAGUCAUAUGUGCAAAAUGUUCUGUCCUGUUUCUGUCAUCAAAGCUGAGCCAGAUUCCUACUUGGAGGAACUGAUCAGUGAGCCAGCUGUGAAUAAUUCCAUGAUGGAAAAUCCAGACCUCUUUGAUUUCUCCUCCAUGACCCAUUCUUCAGCUUUACCCAUCAGUCCCCUCAGCUCCAAGGCAACAAGUCUUCCAGGCUUAGAGCUGCCAAGCAACGAAACCUAUGAUAUUCCAGAAAAAGCUUCAACUCCUCCACAAAAGAACCCUGCAAUAUUCAAAGAAAGCAACAUGGAGCAGAUGUCUUGUGGCAAACAUAGGAAGGAGAAUGCAGAGGCAAACUCUAAAAAACAUUCAGAAAACACAUCUUCACAAAGAACUGAGAUCAGAGUGUUGCAGGAGCUGACCAACACCAGUUUUUUAUUGUCUGGUAGCUCUGAAGAAGCUUCAGCACGUCCGAGUAGACAGAGGCGGGAUCCAGCUUGUUAUAAAGAACCAAAGCUCAAUAGCAAAUUGAGGCGUGGUGAUCCAUUUACAAGCACAGACUUCCUGUGUUCCCCUGUCUACAAAAACAAAAGGAAGAAUGUAUCCAAAGGACAUAAGUCCAAGUAGAUCAGGUGGAAAGAAAAAAUGCCUUCAUUGAACUGUAUGCUGUGAUGUACAUGUGUAUUAAAUCACUGCUUUUAAAAACAACGAGUAAAUAUUUCCUAUACUGAAUGUCUGUCAAAUCAAAUAGACACCUAUCCAGCAA